CUCGGCGCACUUAGCGCUUCCGCGCGAGGCCUUUUGAUGCAUGACACGAAUUAGCACGGCUUCGAGCCUCUCGAGCCCUCUUGACGAAUGAGAUGCCGCCCCAUCGAACCUAGUGACUGGGUUGGGUUCAUCCUUCUGCGCCGCGUGGAGAGAGACACAAGUUGUGGGUGCGUAGACCCCUUCGCCUUUCCUCUGUACAACCCCAACCUCAGUCUCCCUUCCUGUCUUCAUAUUAUCGCUGUGAGACAAGUUGGCGGGCCUGGGAAACGACGCUCACCUCUCUCCCGCCUACAUAUCAUCGCCAUCCGCUCGGUUUAUGCAAAGUGCAAACACUUAGCCUCGUAUGCUUGUCAUGGGGAGCGAUUGGCCUCACCGCGCGCUACCGCGCUUCUCGGAGCUGUUCUCGUCGUCUUCGGCAGCGGCGAUCGACACGAUACCCUCGUACGAACGCAUCGGCGACUCUGAAUCCAUUCUGCGUAACACGCCUUCUACUGCGCCCGCUCCAAGUGCCCCCGCAAUUGCUGAGCGACCGCUCUGGAUGAUUGAGAAUCACGCGAGUACCCAGCCCAACCUUCCCGAAUUGAGCGUACCAGCAAUGGCCCCAGGGCGCCAGUUCCAGCGUUACUCGGCGCCUCAGGCCGCAAUGCCUCGCGGCUCCGCGUCGACGUCUGAAGUUUGUCUGAUGCAGGAUGCAGCACACACGCAGACACCAAUCAGCGCACCACGCCAAGACUCAGCUGUACUUCCAUCACCAGAUUUCACUUUUUCUUCUUCCAUUCGAAGCCCGAGGAGCGCUCAUCGUCAGCCUAGUCCACGGCCCCAUUCCCAUUCGAGCACUCACUCUUCUCCUACUCUCACUGCAGUCAUUCUUCAAUCACAUCAGACAAACUCACACUCAGGUCCACAUCAUUCACAAAGAAAUCAUUCCACAUCUCUGUCUUCAACUUCGCAGAAUCCCUUGCCCUUCCCUAGGACACACGAGUAUCCAGGAGAUCAAACUGCUGUCGUUGAUAUCAGACCUGCGGCUAAGACCAUGCGUCCAUCUUCUCCCCACGACCAUAUCAAUGGUAACAACAAUAAUAACACAACUGCUCCCGUCGCUCCCCCUGCACGACAAGGGCGAUAUAAUGUCAGGUUCGCUGCAAACUAUACUUCUGAAAAUAUGCCGUCUUCGCAAAAACACCGUCAGGACGCUGCGCCUGCGACACCCGCAUCUGCUCCAACUGCUGCUAGUGAGCCAUCACCUACUUCCCAAGAACAGCCAGCGCCCACCGAGGAACCGUCGAUCAAACUCUUCAACGCUACGCUUCAGUCGACAGACAGCCAACAGUCUCAAUCUCGACAGAAAGAAGGAGAGUCUUCCGUGGAACGUUGCCAUGGAUGCAACGAGGCAUGGAGGAGGCCCCUGCCAAACAUUGAACAAUUUCGUCGAGCUUCACCAGCAGAAACGGGUCAUGAGCUAUCUAUGACAAGUCACAACUUGAUCGCCCAAUUGCGAGACCAUCGCCUGAAAGCUGAUGCUGCUUAUGAUCAAUGGAAAUGGCACCAUAGUCACUGCAUUCCACGAGAGGGUUAUAUACCACCUACCAGUCCUUCGUCAAUUGCUUCUCCCGACGAUAUUCAUAGCAAAGACACGGAGUUCGUGUCACACAACGGCAACCAUACAGAGACGUUAUCCAACAAGCGCAAGUCUGACAUCCCUCAUGAGGAGGACCAGCCGACCACAUCGAAAUUACGGAAAGUAACCUUUGACUCAAAGUCUACGGCACCGCCCGUUCGCCCUCCCACCCCUGCUUGAGCACGCCAAUAUCGAGGCUCAGACCACAGAAUUCUUCGACACAUCUUCUACUCCCGCACACGACAUUGCAUUUGCAUUUUGAAUUGCCGUUGAUGUUAGCUCAACAAGGACAUACAUUAUACCCCUAUCGCUGCCAUUAUGCCACUCCACCUUUGGAGUUUGAAGUUUCUCCUUUGAGCAUGGUGUUUUAUUGGCUGAACGAGCCUCAAAAGAGAAGAAUGUACCACGAACCGGCGUUUCCAAUCUGAUCUUUCUCGCGUCGCUAGGACCAAUGUAUCUUUGAGGCGUUCGGCAUUUGUUCUCAUCAUACCACGAUUGUACGCUUUACAUGUAUCAGCAUCUAGCUUUUUUAUAUCAUGUUAUUCCUCUAAUUCUUCAAAGAGCUACGCUCCGAUGUGUUGUUCGAUAGCAAACGGGGUUCCAGCUACACGUUUUUGUACAUUCGAUGACAUUAUUACAUCCCAGCAUCUUCAGUU